CUAACUCCAGAUCAUUGAUUUAAAUGACAAUACUUUAUGCUGCGCAAUCACACAGCUGCUUUUUAUAAAAGGACAGAGGCACAGAGAGAGUGACCAUUGACUGUCUAUCUGCCCCUCACGCAACCAUGACAAUGGGAAAGAUCAUCUUCUAUGAGGACAGGAAUUUCCAGGGUCGGCACCAUGAGUGCAUGAGCGACUGUGCCGACCUGCACUCCUACUUCAACCGCUGCAACUCCAUCAAGGUGGAGAGCGGCAUGUUCAUGGUCUACGAGAGGCCCAACUACACUGGCCACCAGUACUUCCUGAGGAGGGGAGAGUACAAUGACAACCAGCGCAUGAUUGGCAUCAACGACUGUAUCAGGUCCUGCCGCAUGAUCCCCAUGCACCGCGGCUCCUACAGGAUGAGGCUGUACGAUCGUCCCGACAUGAGUGGCCAGAUGCAGGAGCUGAACGACGACUGUCCCAAUGUCCAGGACCGCUUCCGCAUGUCGGACAUCAACUCCUGCAACGUGAUGGACGGCCAUUGGCUCAUGUACGACCAGCCCAACUACAAGGGCAGACAGUACUACCUGAAGCCUGGCGAGUAUCGCAGACCCAGCGACUGGGGUGGCCUGGGCCCCAGGAUCGGAUCCCUCAGACGGAUCUCUGACUCCAACAACUAAAAGUUCUAUGUUCCAUGUCUGUUCUCAAUAAAGCUGCAUGUUCAACCAAA